AUGGUGGAACAGUUGAAAGUUUUUACUGAAUCUGUCGAGCAUUGUUCAUCUCUCUCGGGCGGAGCGCACUUGGCUCAUAUAGAGGAUCAAGAAACAGAUGAAUUCAUCAAAGAGUCCAUGCUGGCCAACGAAAACGCCACCUACCGCAUUGGAAUUUUUCUCAACAGAAGUAGGGGACUGUAUUGGAAAGAGAAUAGUCAUGAAGUUGAUUAUCUGCCGUGGAAGCAAAUCGAGGAUGUGACGUACUUCACAAGUACCGUGAUCACGAGGGAUGGAUGGAAACACGUUUCACCGAAGAAUACACGUCAAUUUAUUUGUCAAGCGGAGGCUGAUUUCUUAAGCUUCAGAGAAAACAACACGUAUUACAAAUUUUUCCCAUUUGGCAAAAAUUGGACAAACGCAAAUGAGUACUGUAAGACAACUUUUUACAACGGCAAACUGGCUGAGCCGAUUAACAGUAAACAGAGGAAAGCAAUUGAUGAAAUAACCAAAGAAGCUAAACUUAUUGCUUGGAUAGGAGCGAGCGACCUAGUAACUGAAAACGUAUUUGUCUGGACAAGUUCCGGUCGGAAUCUGUCUACGAAGGACAGCUGGUGGUCCCUGAACAACCCGGACAACUGGCAGAACAGGGAACAUUGUGUAGUUGUUAACGUAAGCAGCAAGAUUAAUGACUGCGAUUGUUCUUACCGGUUUCCGUUCAUUUGUGAAAUAGACGUUUCCCCCACAAACCACACAGACGACCCCUGCUUCCCAUACAUGGGCCUGCAACAAGUGAACGGCGUUUGCCAAACUAGUUUUGUUUCACCACAAUACUGGACAGUGAAUGCUACUAAAUGUGCAGAAAAAAGCCCAAUAUCCAAAUCAUUUGAGGAUUUGGAAAUAAACGAGAAGCUGGUGUUUGGACUGGUGGACAACCAGCUGUACAGUCUGUAUAGCUGCAAGAAUAGUUCUUACCACCAAAAGUCCAACACUUGCCUCAAGUUGUUUCCAAAGAAAACAUUCUCAGAGGCAGAAGAGUUUUGUAAGAAUAGUUUUUUUGGUCGAACAAAGAGCAGAGGGAGGCUGGUUGAAAUCUUGGAUCAAGACAUGGACGACUUCAUCAAGCUACAUGUUCUGAAAACCAACACAGAUGCUUUUAUCGGGUUGUAUCGCAACAUGUCCGAGUCGUUUCAAUUUGUUGGCUCAUUACAGACACCGUUGUAUUUUGGGUGGAACUCUACAAGAACCGGCUCCAACGAAACGGUUGCCAUGACAACAGUCGGAUGGACAACACACCAUGCUCAAGCCAAGAUGAGAUUUAUUUGUCAGAAAAGUUUUGACAGCAAACAAUCUAAAAACAAUUUAAAUUAUUAA